AUGCAUUCUACCAUCAUCGCGGGGCUAUUCUUGGCCAUUAGUCUGGUAUCUGCCCAAUCUCGAACUACCUCGACGCGAACUACCUCGACACGAACUACCUCAACAAGCACCAUCAAAUGGCAAGCCUCCGGAGGCGUAUCCUGCCCGCACCCUUCCGUCAACACGAACUGGCCCACACCCACCGGAAGCACCUCGUUUCCCACCGCCUCCUUGAUCGCAGCAAAUGCAGUCUUUGACGGCAAGAUGGCCCUCUUCGACCGCAAAGGAAGCACUGGCGACUGCAAAGGGCAAGCCGAGCAAGAUGAGGCCGCCGCCGUGUUCAUCUUGGAGAAUGGGGCGACGCUGAAAAACGCCAUCAUCGGCCCUGCUCAAGCAGAGGGUGUACAUUGCCGCGGCCCCUGCACCAUUGAGAACGUGUGGUGGGAUGAUGUAUGCGAGGAUGCGGCGACUUUUAAAGGCACUGGUCCAAGAUACGUUAGGGGUGGAGGGGCAAAGGAGGCCAGUGAUAAAGUCUUCCAGCAUAAUGGUGAAGGAUGGUUGUAUAUCGAUGGCUUUUACGCCAACAAAUUCGGAAAGUUCUAUCGGUCGUGUGGCAACUGUAGCCAGCAAUUCCAGCGACACGUCAACAUUACCAACUUUGUUGGCAUACAAGGAGUAGUCAUGGGAGUCAAUCAAAACUAUGGUGACACUGCCACUCUUUCCAACUACUGCCUCGCAAAGAUCGGAGUCAUUUGCACACGCUACGAGGGCUGCGUCAAGCCAUGUGAAGCCGGAGAGAUCGGCGAAGGCGCACUGGCGCCAUACUGCGUGGUUAAUGGACAAGACUGGUCCUGA